AUGUUGCAGGAAAAGGAAAAGCGACCCGUCAGGGUGGCCAAUUGCUCUGGGUUUCAUGGCGAUCCCGCACAUGAGAUGUACCGUCAAGCGACUUUGGGAGAUGUUGACUUUAUCACUGGUGAUUAUCUCGCAGAGGUCAACUUAGCCAACAAUGCCUUGAAUUGGAGAAACGGGAAGCAUCCUGGAUACGAAGAGACAGCUUGGGAAGGACUUCGACAGACGAUUGACGUCAUUGCUGAGAAAGGCAUUCGAGUGGCCAUCAAUGGAGGUGCCCUGGAUCCUAAAGCUUUGGCUCUGAGGGUGAAGGCCCUGGUUGACGAGAAGAACCUCAAUCUUCGUGUUGCGUUCCUCUCGGGUGAUGAUCUAUAUGCUCAAGUCGGCCCGAAUAUGCCCGCUACUAAAGAGGAGUUGCUUCAUCUUGACUCAGGAAACCCGUCCGUCGUUCCGUCGGACCUCACAUACGCAUUCCUGAAUACCAAAGAUGGAAACCCACUUCCAAUGGUAUCCGCGCAUGCGUAUUUGGGAGCUCGGGGCAUCGUCGACGGUCUGCGACGAGGCGCUGAUAUCAUCAUCUGUGGCCGAGUGUCAGAUGCCAGCCCCGUUAUUGCUGCAGCUUGGUUCUGGCACAACUGGUCUGAAACCGAUUACGACAAUCUUGCGGGAUCUUUGAUUGCAGGACAUUUGAUUGAGUGCUCAGCGUAUGUGACCGGAGGCAACUUUGCCGGCUUUGAAAAGUAUCCCUUGGACAAUCUCAUUGCUCCAGGUUUCCCAAUUGCAGAGAUCGCUGCCGACGGAAGUUGCACUAUCACUAAGCAUCCUGGUACACAAGGCAUGGUGAAUGCGGAUACUGUUCGUUCUCAGUUCUUGUACGAGUUACAGGGAACGACGUACCUCAACAGUGAUGUCAGUGCUCAUAUUGCCGACGUACAGGUGAAAGAUGCGGGCGAAGAUCGUGUCCACGUCUCCGGAAUUCGAGGUAGUCCACCACCGUCGACCACCAAAUUUGCUGUCUUCUAUGAAGGCGGCUAUGAAGCACAGGUUCUGAUCAAUGCAACCGGAUAUGCCACUGCCGAAAAAUGGGAUCUUUUCGAGAAGCAAAUUCGCCAUUUCCUCCCAGAUGAAACGAAGAAGGAGAUUGAGACUCUUGAAUUCCAGAGAGUCGGAACGCCUGCUCCGAAUCCAGCUUCCCAAUUGGAGAGCACCACCUAUCUUCGAGUCUACAUCACAUCUCGCAAUGACAAGGCCGUGCUAGCGGUAGCAAAGGCCUUGGGUAAUAUCUCUCUAAAACACUUUUCAGGCUUUCAUGCAUCCAGGGAUACCCGCACUGCCAUUCCUUUACCAUUCCUCGCCUACUAUCCCGCACUCAUCAAACAGUCCCAAAUUCCCGAGGCCAUUAACUUCGUGGAUGGGCCCAGCACAAUUAGCUCCUACGAAACAGGCCACCCUCCCCAAUAUGAAGAGCUUGGUGUUCGGGAUAACUACGACACCAAGGCCCCAGAGGACUUCAAAGGCCCAUUCAAACAGAUCAGACUAGGAGACGUCGCUCUCGCUAGAUCGGGAGAUAAGGGUGGAAACCUCAAUGUUGGCUUCUUUGUCACAAACCCAGGUCACUGGUCUUGGCUUCGGUCUUACAUGAGCAGAGAUCGCAUGCGCGAAUUCCUCGCCAAGGACUGGAAUGAUAGCUUCUUCAUCGAGCGUGUUGAAUUUCCCCACAUUCAUGCCGUACACUUUGUGGUAUAUGGUAUUCUGGGGCGUGGUGUGAGCAGUUCUAGUCGCUUGGAUGGAUUCGGCAAGGGAUUUGCGGACUAUAUCCGCGAUAAAGUGGUUGACUUCCCUUCUGAGAUGCUUUAG